AUGAACUCUCAAAAGCAGCAGCAGCAGCAGCAGACCAGCUAUCCCACACAAUGCGAGCAGGCAGUCAACGAGCUGAUCGCUGCCUACAACGACGCUGAAAUCGCCUACCUCACGGCUGCCGCC